GAACAGCCUGUAUGUUGGCUUCUCUUAUUCCACUCGGCUCAAACCGAACAGAUAAGAUUACAUCACGCUUUAUAGCUGCAGCACCUAGCUAGCAACUGCCCUGCGGUACUGGCGCACGCACGCACUACUAGCUCCUGAAGACCCGGUCUCCACUCGUACAUGGGCCACACACUCAUACGCACGAAGCGGCCGUCCUCCGAGCUGAUCGUAAGCCGCCAGUUGCUCCAUUAUCUACUCAUGCAACUAACACAACCUAAACACCAUGACGCACACACUUACAGGGACUGGACCUACAAGCCAUGGACACACCACAGCACAACACAAGCUAACGGGCAGCCGGAACGUGAACGCAUCAACGAUCUGGACACCCACACACCAAUGCACACGCCACAGAUGCACACGCCACGGAACACACCAUGUCGUGUUUAACUCUAACACCACCUUCCUCCGGUCGUUUUCCACCACCAAUCCCCCUCCCAUCACCGCCGUCCUCCUCCUAUCUCAUUGCUUCCUGGAUCGGCCUCGUCGCCUCUGCCACUGCCAGGCUGCCCGCCACCACCACCUCUGACCUCUCCGUCCCAUAAAACAGAAACUUGAAUGUGGGCAGUGAAGUGACGAGUGAGUGUGUUUAGUGUGGAGUAUAAUAUGGCCGAUUAACCAUGAUGCAAGUACUCAUCAACAGUGUGGCAUUUAUGAAAACCAAUUGACCUCCAUGGCUUGGCUAUAAAUACUUGCUGCCAAGCUCUUCUUCUUCCCCCACCAAGAGCCCUUCUCAGAGUCAAGAGGAAGCAAGGAAGCUUCCUCAGAGCAGAGGAGCACACCUGCAGCUGCAGACCAUCACAAGACAAGGCAGCAGCGACAGGGCGUGAUGAGCCGGGGCGGCCUGGACCUGAAGCUGCACCUGUCGCCCCCGGCGCCGGCGCGGGGAGGAGCGGAGAGGAGGGCGUCGCCGCUGUCCUCGUCGGACGAGGAGUGGUCGUCGUCGUCGCCGAGCUCGUGCCUGUCGUCGGAGGGCGAGCGGGAGCCGCAGCCGCACCGCCAGGGGCACGGGCUGCAGUGGUCCGACAGCCCGGAGGCGACGUCCAUGGUGCUGGCGGCCUGCCCCCGCUGCCUCAUGUACGUGAUGCUCUCCGAGGCCGACCCGCGCUGCCCGCGGUGCCGCAGCCCCGUCCUCCUCGACUUCCUGCACCACGCCGCCGGCGCCGGCCGCGGCAGCGCCAGCGGCGGCCGGGAGGGCGACGGCCACAGCCGCAAUGGCACCCGCGGCGGCGGCGGCGGCGGCGGCAGCUGGAGGAACAGGUGGGCAUGAUCGUCCGCACGCGGAGCCGCGUCAAGAAACCAGAAGUUUUUUCCCCCCAAAUUAGCCCGAUUAUUAGCAGUAUUUUAGCACCAGUAGCGCUCCCAUGAAUCUGUCGUCACAAGAAAACAAGAACUGCUUCAGUGUAACCAUGAUAUGUCAUCUCCGGCGCCGGCGAGGUGGUAACCGUGGUAUAUCACGGAUACACUGGAGAGGAAUGGAACAAGAAGAGAUCUUCCCUGCUUUCCAA